CUUACUGUAGAAUCUAGAUAAAAAUUCUCCGGUAGGCAUCACGUGGCGCAGUAGAAUCCCAGCCUAAAAAGGAAAUGGCACAACAUCAUCGCUAGAUUCGACGUCAAAGACAGCCCGUGCGUGCCACGUAGUAUGCUGCGGUAUGUCACGUCAACGGUUUAAAUGAUCCAAUCUACUUUCUACCUAGUACGCCAUCCAGGACACUGGAUGCUCCCGCGACGUACGUUGGCAGGGAUUAUGACAGUGGCUGAAUUCUGAUCAGCGCUUUGACGUCAGGCUAUGUAUCCAGACCUUGGCAUACUUAUCUCCCACAACUAUAUCAUCCCCAUCUCUCUGGUAGAAGAAGAGAAAGAAAUGGGAUAACUUAAUAUUUAUGAUUAAUUAUCGGAUCCCGCAUCACUUUUUAUCCUAGAUUCUUUGAUUGACAUAUUUCUGCCCAGCAGGUACUCUAUUUCUUCAAAAUGGGUCUCUUUGGUCGACACUCGACUGAGAGGGAUGUAUCUCCUCAGACGACCGAGCAACACCAGAGACAGGAACAGCGCCACGGUUCCAUCUUCAGCCAUCGUAACUCGGGUUCCUCAUCUCAGUCACCAGCGACUGCGUCAAACAGUACCAACAACAGCAACAACGGGCGCAGUCUUCUACACCGGAACCAGAACCAUGAAGACCCUUCUAUUGUAGCUGCUCGUGAGCGAGUCGCGAGCGCUGAGGCUGCAGAGCGAGAUGCGGACAAGGCUUUGGCUGCAGCGCGACAGGCAGUAAGGGAUGCCAGGGAACAUGUCAAGCGUCUUGAGCAAGAGGCAGCCGAAGAGGCUCGUCUUGCCAAGAUCAAGCAGGACCAAGCGAGGUCCAUUUCUAAGAGAGCCAAGCCUCUUGGUCGCCAUGAAAAUGUCGUUUAAUGCUUAUACGAUAUCCUCGUGAUGUUAUGAUUUGAUGCGCACCGCUCCUUUCUCAGAUACCUAGCUACGUUUUCUCUUACGAUUUCAGCCUCGUUGCUUUAUGUAUUUUUUUCUUUUCCUUUUUCUUUUUUAUGGAAGAAAGCUUAUGUCCACUCCUUGUGUCUGUGUUUAUAUCGUGUACUGAUAAACUUUCGAAGCCAAUGUAAUCUUACCACCUAGCUGGUGCUUUCUUUCAAGUCUGGAAGCGCGUUCUGCUAUUAACUAAUCAUAGUUCUCUAACCUCUUCAUUGUUACGAAAAAUCGUACUUUUGAAUUGUCCUUCAUAGUUAAGCACGACGAUACUCUUCAAACUUUCCUCUUGAUCUACAUUAUUCGGCCCGUUCAAUGUUCCC